AAGCUGUGAUACCCAUGGAUGCUGCAGAGUUCCGCAAGAGAGGGAAGGAGAUGGUGGACUAUAUUGCAGAUUACCUGGAGAAGAUAGAUGAAAGACAGGUCUUCCCUGAUGUGGAACCAGGAUAUCUAAGGCCCCUCAUUCCAGACUGUGCACCCCAGGAUCCUGAGAGCUUUGAGGAUGUCUUUAAAGACAUCGAGAAGAUCAUUAUGCCAGGGGUGACUCACUGGCACAGUCCAUACUUUUUUGCCUACUUCCCUGCAGCCUCUUCCUUCCCAGCUCUUCUUGCAGAUAUGUUGUGUGGUGGAAUAGGAUGUGUGGGCUUCUCGUGGGCCGCAAGUCCAGCUUGCACAGAGAUGGAGACUGUCAUGCUGGAUUGGCUAGGGAAGAUGAUUAAUUUGCCUGAAGAGUUUUUAGCUGGGAAGGAUGGCCAAGGUGGAGGAGUCAUUCAGGGAAGUGCAAGCGAGGCCACCCUGAUUUCGCUGCUUGCUGCAAGAACAAAGUCUAUCAGACGGGUGCAGUCAGAAAAGCCUGAGCUAACAGAAGCAGACAUCAUGGGCAGGCUGGUGGCCUAUGCUUCUGAUCAGGCUCAUUCAUCAGUGGAAAGGGCUGCGUUAAUUGGUGGUGUGAAGAUUAAAAAUGUUUCUUCAGAUGAUACAUUUAGUGUUUGUGGUUCAGCCCUAAAGAAAGUUUUGGAUGAAGACAAAGCUUCUGGUCUUAUCCCGUUCUUCUUCUGUGCAACGCUUGGAACCACGCCUUGCUGCUCCUUUGACAAACUGUUAGAACUGGGUCCUAUUUGUAAUAAGGAAAAUAUCUGGAUGCAUAUUGAUGCAGCCUACGCUGGGAGUGCAUUCAUCUGCCCUGAAUUCAGGCAUCUUUUAAACGGGGUGGAGUUUGCAGAUUCAUUUAACUUUAAUCCUCACAAAUGGCUCCUAGUGAAUUUUGACUGCUCUGCUAUGUGGGUGAAAAAAAGAUCAGAUUUAACAGGUGCCUUUAAAUUAGAACCUCUUUACCUGCAGCAUCACCAUCAGGAGUCUGGCCUUGUAACAGAUUAUCGGCACUGGCAAAUCCCCCUGGGGAGGAGGUUCCGCUCCCUGAAGCUCUGGUUCGUGCUGAGGAUGUACGGGGUGACAGGACUGCAGGAGCACAUCCGCAAGCACGUCAGGCUGUCGCAUCAAUUUGAACAUUUAGUCCUUCAGGAUGAAAGAUUUGAGAUCUGUGCUGAGGUUGUCUUGGGACUGGUCUGUUUUCGGCUGAAGGGCUCAAAUGAACUAAAUAAGGCACUUCUUAAAAGCAUAAACGAGGCCAAGAAGAUUCAUCUGGUCCCGUGCCACCUGCGAGAGAAGUUUGUGCUACGUUUUGCUAUUUGUUCCCGCACAGUGGAAUCCACCCACAUCAAGUUUGCCUGGCAGCACAUCUCACAGCUGGCAACUGAUCUUCUGAAAACAUGGGAGCAAAACCACCACCAGCAGUAACAGCAGUGGAGCAGCAGUGGGGAGGAGGUAAUUAACUGGCUUUCUGUGUGUCGUCAAGUUUUAUUUUAGGGGCAGGUGGGAAAGUCAAAUUAUGAAGGAAAAAAAUACAAAAUCUGUUGUUAUGUAGCCCAGCUGCAGUAGCAAAAUCCUUGCCAGCAAGUUGUGUUGUGACCUGAGUCGUUGCUUCUCUGUUUCUUCUUGUCACGGCGCACAGCCAUGGGGGCUUGAGCUGUCAUUUCUUACCCGUUUGUACUCAAGGGCAUUUAUUAAACCAGGCAAUGGAAAUGGAAGGGAUAGUGCUCCCUCCAUUGCCCCCACUAACCUCCAGCCCACCCACUCCUUUCUUCGCAGAUGAAACUGUGAGGUGUUACAACCAAUUAAUUUAACAUUACUAUGACUUCAGAAAGAAUCCAAGUUGGGGAAGUGCAGCAGCCUGGCUAUAACACUGUUCAGGUCCUAUCUAAACAGGCACGCACAAAUGUUGCCAUGAUUUGGGGCACUAUCAUGUCACGACACGCUUGCUGCAGUAAUUUUGUAAAUUAAGUUAGGACUUGAAGACUUCCUUCAUUACAUAGCCAGAUCGGGGAGAGUGAGCACUAAAUGAAUACUAUCAGUCCUUACAGCAGGUUUCUACUUUCUUCUAAAGGGUUUGCUUGUAUAAUGGCCAUUUUGUCAAAUGUCAGCAAAUAAGUUAUGCUGGCCAUUGGUUUUCACUUCAAUCAUUCAUAAUGAGGCCUCUGAAAAGCUCCUUCUUAAGAGUUUUGUCAAAAGCCAUGUGCUACCUGGUAUUCUACGUUUUUAACCAAGUUAUUAUAAGCAGUGAUUACCUGAAAAUAAUCUGUAAGCUACGCCCUGUGAAAUAGAAUUGUGAUUUCUUUUUAUGGCUGCCAUUCUGCUUACUUCAUUGUGUAAUAAAUCUUUGACAAAAUGCGCUAAGAAAUGCGAUGGCAAAAAUGUUACUCUUCAUUUCUCAAAAUAGCUAACAGAUGAGAUAACAUAUUACAGUAAAAAUAAAAAUCAAGAUAACUAACCCCCCAAAUAUGCUGUGGUGUCCCCAUCAGUGGGUAUCAUCCAUUAACAGUGAUGCGUGGAACAUGAAAAUAUUGGAAAACAAUUAACCUUCAGAGAAAGUCAAAUAAUCAGUACUUGACACAAACCAUUGAUGCGUCAUCCCGUUGAAGGCAGGCAAAGAGGCAAAAUGAAAGUCAGAAACAGUAUCUGACUUUAAUAAGUACUUCUGCCAUUUUGAAGACAUAAAUUCCAGUUAUUUCUGUGUAAAUAAAAUAAAUAGCUACUCCAAGAAUAACAAUCCGUAGGUUCAUUUCUACAUUUGCAUUUGUUUUAAUCUUUUCCUUUUACUGCUCAUAUUAGCUUCUAAGGCCUCUUGAACAACUUGCACAAUUAUUCCGCUUUCUUCCCCCAUCCCUUGCAAGUACUUCCUACAUUUGGGAAGCUGCAAGUAGACCACGAAAUACGCACCAGGACAGUUAAUUUGGCCCACAGUCUGCUCCUACCCACUGUCUUUCCAGAAGGGAUUAAAGCAGCUGACUAUGGACCAGGUGGAUUUUUCUGGUGAUUCUUAAUCACCUCACUUCUGCGGUGCAAACUGGGGAAGGAUUCAUAUUAAUGUGUGCGCAAGUGGUACAUAAGAGAUGUGCACGAAUCCCGACACUUAGGAAAACUGCACAUGCUCUGCAUUCCCAGCAGGUCAAGCUACGCGACUAGGGGAGGCGAUGGCAUACCGCCCUUCUGUAAGGCUAGCCAGAGGCUACGUUAUCCACCCAGGUGGAAAAGAUGAUUACUAUUUCUUUGAGGAAUUGAUUUCACAGGUAGCAGAUGAAGCAAGGGAUGACAAAUUAAUCUGGCAAAACCAAGUAAUAUUCAAGCAGGUGACUGAGCUGUUCCACAAGACGCUACCCUUGGCUGCAGUAUCGGCAAUUUUGAUAGCAUCAUUCUCUUUAGCAGAACCAAUUUCAUAAAAUUAAGCUCUUCUGCAGUACCACAAUGCAAUAGAUAGGUGGACUGAAGAGAGUGGAAAAUGCUGGCAGUUGUUUCCUUUCUCUGUUAGUUGUUGUUGUUUUAAAACAACUUCCUUCAGUUCUCAUGACUUGGGAAACAAUGUUCCUCCAUCAAAUAUGGUCCACACUGAUACAAUUCUACAGCUUUUACAUUAUGAAAACACUGGAAUCUAGGAGCCAGAGAAGAAUUACACCUUCUCUAUUGAGACAGAGCAGUAUUUUGUAUGUGAAAUAUAUUUUGUAUGUGAAAUAUAUAACCAGGUCUGUCCAGGAAAAAAAAAAAGAAAGAGAUCAGAUUCUGAUCAAAGCUAUCACAGAGUAAAUCCAGGAUAAUUCCACUGAAAUGAAAUGGAGUUGCUUUACGCUUAUGUGACUAUAAUUGAAAUUAAAAUCUAGCUAAUAAGUGUUGGAAAAGAAAUGCAUAAGGUAAGGCAACACUACACUGAACAUAAGAGGAUUUUGGUGGAAAUCCUCUCCAUGGAAACCAGAGCAGAGGUGGGUGAUGCAUGCCUGUGUGAGCCGCAGACUGCUGCAGAACAGGGACACGGGCAGGGUGCACAUCCAAACCCAGGAGAGGUGAAAUGUUCCCAACAGCCCAGAAUUAGACAUUUGUGGGAAAAUGUCACCAAAACUGCCAUUCAAUUAAACAUUUUUCAGCAUGUGGCUAUCAGUUUUAGAAGAAGCUGUUGUCCAGAUACCAAAACUCCUUUUGGCAAAGAAUUUAGGAUAAGGGUUAAUUUAAAAUAUUACACACGCAGUAAAACUUACUUUAUUUUUGUUUUCAAAGAAGUGACCUAAGUAAAUCUUCUAAUAAACAGCAGUGACGAGACCCAUGGAAUUACGCUUCCCCAUGGCCAGCCCAAUACAGAAAUCUCAAAUUCACAGAUUGAAAUUCUGAGAUGAUUUGAGCAUGUAAUCGGUGAAAGCCUUCUUGGUAUUCGGUCUCUCAUACCCUCUUUUCCCCACAUGGUAAUUCCUUUGUAGACUAUUAAUGCUAGGUCAUCUGAAAACUAAAUCUGGGCUAUGUAAUCAACUCAAGAACAAAAGCGUUGAAAAGAACAUUUUUGAAAGAAGAACGUAAACUGCUGUUUCUGUCCUGUAGCUUUGCAAUAUAUCUGUGAGAAAUACUGUAUUUAUGAAUAGUCAAUAUGUGAACCUGGAUUUAUUGUGCCUCACGUGCAAACGCUAAUACAGUCUGUGCUGAUUAAUACUGUUUGAUGUUAAAAAUAAUUACAGUAUCUCAGAAUUGUACUUCAGUAGAAUAUCCACAUCUCAAGGGAGACAGCGCAGCUACUAGAGAAGGAGGGAAAAAAGUAACUUUUCAGUCACGGUACAUACUUUUUUUAAAACUAGUGGAGUGCUAGUAUGAUAUUUACAUUCUUAAAAAUGACAGAUUAGAAAUCUAUUUUAUUACUGAUGGUGAAAUAUUGAAAAGAUAUGUAUUUAUGAAAGUAUUGCUAAUAUAUUUAUGCUGGCUUUGGCUGGGA